GUCGCCCGCCGCCGCCGACGGAACUUGAAGUGGUUUGAUUUCUGUUUCUGUUAUUGCCUGAUCGAAACUAACAACAUGAUUAUAAGGACAGUUCGAGUUUUUCUGGCAUUAAUUACAUUUUGUUUGAUUUGUGAAACCUCUAGUGAUGCUCCUGUUAUGUACUUGGGCUGUUAUGAGGAUGGUGGACCAAACAACAGAUUGAUGUCCGAUCACCACCAGGACUUCCCCGGAACUCUCACUCCCGACAUGUGCAAUGAACAUUGCCGGGGGAAAGGGUUUUCUUAUGCAGGCACACAGUACAGCUUUGAAUGUUUCUGCUCCAAAACCAAGCCUUCGGAUGAGAAGAAGGAGCUAGAAAGUGAUUGUAACAGCAAAUGUGCCGGGGACGAUUCAAAGACCUGCGGAGGAAAUAACAGAUUGGCUGUGUUCACGACCGGGUUCCCAGAUCCGACAGAAAGUGGCGUAGAUGUUUUGCUAUCUCUUGGAUGUUUUAAAGAUUCACACGCCAACAGGUUCUUGUCUGGCCACCGUCAAGAUUUCCCUGGUACACUAACCAAUAUUAAAUGUGUGAAAUUGUGUAAAAAUAAAGGAUUUCACUAUGCUGGAACUGAAUAUGGGAAGGAAUGUCACUGUGGAAACAGAAAGCCAUCUUACAGAGAAUACGCAAGUGACGAGGAAUGUUCAAAACGAUGUGAGGGAGACAUAAACCAACUCUGCGGUGGAAAUUGGAGGCUUUCUAUUUUUAAAACCUCGAAUACAGACAAAGAGGACCCGCCCAGCAAUGGGAAGUAUGUUGGUUGUUAUAAGGACGAUGAAAAUUCACGACAAUUGGAUGGGCAUUUGGAGGACUCUGGUUUUCUAACGCAUCUGAAGUGUACAGGGCUGUGUUAUUCUAGAGGGUUUUUGUACGCUGGGACUCAAUACAGCUACCAGUGUUUUUGUGGAGACAAGCCUCCGAAUCCAAACUUGAAACUAGCAGAGAAGGAGUGCUUCAAACGUUGUACAGGCGACCCCGGAGAAAUUUGUGGAGGCCCAACGAGAAACUCCAUCAGAGAAACUGGAAUUCCAGAUCUGCCAGUAGCCGGUAAAUAUUUAGGAUGUUUCAACGACAUAAACAACCAAAUCUUUGGACAUUCCCACAAAUACACAUUUGACAAAACUAACACUCCAAGAAGAUGUAUGAAUUUCUGUUUGCAAUUGGGCUUCCGAUAUUCUGGAGUUGAAUAUGGGAAAGAGUGCUUCUGUGGUAACGAGAAACCAAAUACCAAUCUAGCGGUAAACCAAGAAGACUGCAGUAAGCCUUGUUCUGGAGAUGCUGUUGAGAGUUGUGGCGCAGACUGGCGCUUGGCUGUGUAUGCUACAAACACUACGGUUACAGUGGACCCUAUCCAGCCGACCACCAAGAGGCCUUGUAUUCCCUCGGAAACGAUUGUGCCAGACAAAAGCUCUAUCUGCAGAGGAGAUGUAGUGUUUGAAGAGGACUUUAACACUCACUUAGGCAACACUUGGAGCCAUGUCAUAAUGAUACCGGACUCUCCUCAGGAAAAUCUAGAACCGCAAAUUGACAUUCGAAUACCCACUAACAAAAGAAAGAGAUUCUCUGAUUUUAACAAAGAUAACCCCAUUCUCACUGCUGAAGAGACAGUCGAAGUCCUGGGAGUUUUUGUGGAUAGAGUAGAACCUAAGGAUGUAAACAGUAUUUUUGGCGAAUCAAUAGCUUCACGUAUGAAUAAACUAAGUGUUACACAUCAAGUCAUUGCAAGGAGUAAAAUUAGUAAAACUAUAGAUGAGCUUGAGAAAGAGGAAGCAGGAGAUUCAAAGGAAAACACAUGUUUUGAAUUUCCUGAUUCGGAAACAGUGACAUCCUCCUCUAGUGCUACAGGGGAGGAAUUUGAAUUUGCUGUUUUUACUUCUGAUCCAGCAAAUAGUUUUACAACAAGGAACAGAUUGGAAAUCAAACCUACUUUCUACGAUGAUGAAUUUGUUCAAUCGGGGACAUUGAAUUUAAAUGGGUGCACAGGAAGAGUAGGAUCAAGACAGUGUGAGUUAAAAGCUUCAUCUUACAACAUUAUACCUCCAGUCAAAUCUGCCAGGAUCCAUACUAGAGAUUCUUUCUCUUUUCGCUAUGGAAUUGUUGAGAUAAGAGCCAAACUACCGCUUGGAGACUGGCUUGUUCCUGAACUUUGGCUUGAGCCUAGAAACCACUUCUAUGGACCGGGUUACACUUCAGGAAGGAUACGGAUUGCUAUGCACAGAGGAAACAGUGAUUUCAAGUGUCGAGGAGAAGACUUUGGAUCACACAGACUAGAGUCGGGCGUAAUGAUGGGAUCUCAGAAUGUACAGAAGCGAUCAUUAACUACAAAGCUACCAGAAAACUGGCACGACCACUUCCACAACUAUACCCUUGUUUGGUCACCAGAUAUUAUUUCUUUCAAGAUAGACAAUGAAGAUGCUCAAGAACUUCUCCCAGCAGGGCGAAGACUUUGUGAAGUUAUUGGAUUUAAAACCGACGAAUGUCUUACUUGGAGUGCGGGGUCCAGAAUUGCACCUUUUGAUAAAGACUUCUACAUCAGCUUGGGACUAUCAGUAGGCAAUGCUAGAGAUUUCCCUGACGAUUGUAUCAACAAAGGCCGGCCCAAACCUUGGAAGAACACAGAUCCUAAGGCGAUGCUGAAACUGUGGCAAGACAGAGAAAACUGGAAGGCAACAUGGACUGAAGAAAACUCCUCACUCAUUAUUGAUCAUAUCAGAGUUACUGCAAUCUAAAAGAUACUGUACAAACGUUUAUUACAUCAUUACAUCUGUUAAUUUCAAAUAUAGCAUCAUUUUAUUACGAAA